AUGUCAGUUUUGGGCCCUACCGAUCCAUUAUGGGUGGUUCAAGCCAAAGAGCGCUCCAGAUAUGAAGAACAAUUUAAGUCUCUUCGUCCUGAGAAUGGAGUCGUUACCGGAGAGCAAGCUAAAGGUUUUUUUCUUCAGUCACAAUUACCGCCUAAUAUUUUGGGUCAGAUUUGGGCUUUAUCGGACACGGAUUCUGAUGGAAGAAUGAAUAUUAAUGAAUUUAGUAUAGCAUGCAAGCUUAUAAAUUUAACGUUACGAGGAUACCAAAUACCUUCGGUUUUACCCCCAGCUUUGUGCAAUUUAGAAACCCAGUUUUCUUCGGCAGGUAUCAAAUUAGAACCUGACUCCAUUUCCUCAACACCAUCUCAGCCUGUUACCUCACUGGAAUCACAAAAUGUUCAAGGGUUUGUAACUAGUCAAUCAAAUUUAAUUAAAACAUGCUCUCCAACUCCAGGAUUGUUGCCAUUAGAUUCCAUGACCAAUGUAGUUUCUAUUCCAAUGACCCAAACUAUUUCAGGCUCUGUUCAACUUCCUCAAAUUGUUGGGGGAGUUAAAAGUGUUACUCAGUCCCCAAUAAAUCAAAGUACUCCUGUAACACCUGCUUUUCCUGUCGCUUUUCCUACUCAAGCAAUAACUUCUCAAGGCACAAACAUUUUACCACAAGCUCCAUCAGUGAUACCGCAAGCUUCUCCAGUGCCUCAAAUUCUGCCUAAAAUUUCUCAAUCAACUCCUGUAAUUUCAACUCCUGGAAUUCCACAAGUUGUGACAUCUCAGCAAAGCAUAAUUUCAGAUGGACAUAAUAAAUUUAUCGAUAAAGGACAACCUGUCGAUUUUCAUUCACCUUUAGGAGGACCACAGAUUACAGAUUGGGCUGUUCCCCAUCAAUCUAAGCUAAAAUACACCCAAUUAUUUAACACCACUGACAGAACCAGGACUGGAUUUCUCACAGGUCCUCAAGCAAAAUCAAUUUUGAUUCAAACUAAACUUUCUCAAGGGAUUUUAGCUCAGAUUUGGGCAUUAGUUGACAGCGAUUCUGAUGGAAAAAUUAAUUGUGAGGAAUUUGUUCUUGCAAUGCAUUUGUGUGAUAUGGCCAAAGAAGGGAGACCUUUACCAACCACUCUUCCCUUUGAACUAAUACCUCCUGGAUUACGUAGAAAAAGAGGAAGUAGUAUAACUAGUGUAGAUGAUAAACAGGAUAUUAUGGCGGUACAAAAUAGUGCAACUUUUGAGGAUAAAAGAAAAGAAAAUUUUGACAAAGGACAAGCCGAGUUAGAAAGACGUCGUGCAGUAUUGCUAGAAGCCCAAAAAAAAGAACAAGAAGAAAGAGAAAAGAAGGAAAGAGAAGAACUAGAAAAAAGAGAAGCAUUGCGUGCUGAACAGGAAAUAAGGAGACAACAGGAAUUGCAGAAGCAAUUACAGAAACAAAGAGAAUUAGAAAUGGAACAGGAGGAACAAAGACGACGCAUUUCGGAACAGCGUGAAGCAGCUCGAAAAGAAUUAGAAAGGCAACGUCAACAGGAAUGGGAAAAAGCUCGUUCUCAAGAACUGGAAGCACAAAGAAUGAAAGAACAAAAUAAUGUAUUAAAGCUUAAAGCAAAAAAUCAAUCUCUUGCAAUCGAUUUAGCAACAAUAAAUGCAUCGAUCAAAGAAUUAUCAUCAAAAAUAAGUGAAACAAGAAUUGGUGUUUCAGCGGUUAAAGCUACAAUUGACGGUAUGAGAGCUACCAGAGAUUCGCAUAUAAGUGACAUGUCAGCAUAUAAAAAUAAGCUUAAAGAACAAAAUCAGCGUUUAUUGUUUCUUGCUCAAGAAAAAGCGCGUUUGGAGGCAAGAACGAAAGCUGGAGUUACUACAAAUGCGGCUGGAGCUGAACAAGUUAUGCUUGCUUUUACAAAUAAAGAAAUUGCGUUAAAGCAUUUAAAUGAAAAAGUAGAAGGACUUCAAAAAGAAGUUGAAAUAAAAACGAACGAUAUUAAAAAUAAUAAGACUCAUUUAAAUGAAUUAAAGACUAAGCUAAGUAACUUAUUAAAUGAAUGCGAAUCAAUAUAUUUAAAAUAUUCAGAAAAACGUGAUAUUAUAUUACAAAUGAAAGCUGCCAGUACCAAUAAUAAUUGGGAUGUUUCAUCUGGUUGGGAACCACCCGAUAAAUCUUGGGACAAUUUCAACGAAACCACUGAUAAUUGGAACACAUCCUAUACUCCUAGCACAGCUUCAGGUUUUAAAAAAUACAGAGCUUUGUACAAAUUUGAAUCUCGAAAUCCGGACGAAUUAUCAUUUCAACCAGGUGAUAUCAUAACAGUGUCAGUUAAUCAAAAUGCAGAUCCGGGAUGGUUAUCUGGAGAACUAAACGGAAUGACUGGAUGGUUUCCAGAAGCUUACGUUGAACUUGUAGAUGAUUCUUUUACGACUAAUGCGCCAGACCUUGAAGAAUCGAACAAGCAACCUUUGGGAGAUAUAUCGGAACUUCCGGAAGUUGUCACUGAUAAAAGUAAUAACGAAAAUUACGAUAACGAAAUAUACGUAUCUGUAUAUCGUUAUCAAUCGUCAGAACCCGGGGAUCUCAGUUUUGAACAAGGUGAAACCAUAUACGUAACUAAAAAAGAUGGAGCUUGGUGGACUGGUACGAUCGGGGAUCGUGUAGGAUUAUUCCCAUCUAAUUACGUAGAAAAAAUUGAGCCCGAGAACAAAUUCGAUUCUUCAGAAUUUACAAAUAAGAAAAGUGAUGGUGGUGAAGUUGAGGACAACACUAUUCCCGUUCAAGAACCAACUGAUGAAAUUGAAAAAGAAAUCUCGCCAUCACCAGAGAAUACUAAUACAGGUGUAAAAGAACAAGAAACUUUUGUCGAAUCAAAUCAACCAAAGCCUGUCACUCCCGACUUUUCUAGUAUUACUGCUGCACAGACGAAAUUAAGCAAAAAGGGUGAAAUUGCUACUGUUAUUGCUCCUUACCAAGCAACUUCAAACGAACAAUUAUCUUUGGCUCGAGGACAAUUAGUUUGCAUUCGUAAGAAAACAUCAACUGGUUGGUGGGAAGGUGAAUUACAAGCCAAAGGUAAAAAAAAACAAAUCGGAUGGUUUCCUGCAUCUUAUGUAAAAGUAAUGGCUAGCAGACGUUUAAGUCAAACAACGCCUGAUAUAGACGGAGAACCCAACGUCGAUAAAGUAAUUGCCAUGUUUCCUUAUAAAGCUUUAAACGACGACGAACUCACAUUUGAAAAAGAUGAUAUAAUAACGGUUAUUUCUAAAGAUGAAGCCACUUGGUGGAAGGGUGAGCUUAGAGGGUCGAUCGGUUUGUUUCCAUGCAACUACGUAACGCCAAUGAACGGAUCAUUGACGUCGACAAAUUCGGACUGGAGAGAAAAAUUAAGACAGGAAGCCAUCCAGGAACUUAUUGAAAGCGAACGAUCUUACAUAGCGGAUAUGACUCUUGUCAGACAGGUAUUUGAAAAGCCAAUAUCGAAAAGUGGUUUGGUCACUUCGGAUCAACUAAAGAAAAUUUUUUUAAAUUGGCGGGAAAUAUUAAAAGGAAAUUAUACUUUGUUGAAAUUAUUUGAUAAAAGAAAAAAAGAAUCCCCCGAUCAGGUUAUCGGAUGCAUCGGAGAUAUUUUAUGUGAUUAUUUGCCGAAAAUGGGAGGUUAUGUUGAAUUCUGUAGUUUUCAAUUAAAUGCCGGUCAGUUACUACAGCAUCUCACGGAAUCCUCUACAGCUUUUCGGGAAUUUUGUAAAUUAUGCCAACGAGAUCCAAGAACUCAGGGACUUCCAUUGAGUACUUUUCUUGUAAAACCCAUGCAAAGAAUAACAAAAUAUCCUUUAUUAAUUGAAAAGGUUUUAGAACAUACUCCUAUGGAUCACCCAGAUAGGAUAAAUUUAGAAAGAGCUCAUCAAAAAGCAGAAGAACUUUGUACUCAAGUAAAUGAAGGAGUGAGAGAAAAUGAAAAUUCAGAAAGAUUAGAAUGGCUUCAAACCCAUAUAAUAAUGGAUGGAAUGGAAGAAAAUUUAAUUUUCAAUUCUGAAACAAAUUGUUCGGGUCAUCGAAUAUUUCUACAUUCUGGAGUUUUAAAUAAAGUAAGAAGUAAUAAAGAAUUAAUAGGAUUCCUUCUUUCCGAUUGUUUGGUUUUAACGUAUCCAUCAAAACCUCUAUUAAACGGUCAAUUUUCAAUGAAAAACUUUAACCAACAUUUAAGACUUUAUAAAAAGGAAGCUUUACAAUGGAUCAAACAAAUCAAACAAGCUUGUGAUAAAUUUAAAAAUGUUGAUAAUACUUCACGUUAUUUCAAAUCAGAAGAUGGUUUAUCCGUUGGACGUUUACUGGUAGAAGUCGUAGAAGGAUAUAAUUUAUCUUUUAAAUGUUGCUUUUGUCAGAUUAAGCUUAAUAAUCAAGUACAAAACACUCCGCCUUGUGGUCCCCCAUUUAAAUGGAAUUCUGCUAUGCAAUUCAUGAUUCAAAAUUUCGAUAAUGAUGAUUUAAUAAUAUCAAUUUUUAUUAAACAUGAUUUUAAACCAGAUGAACUUUUUGAUUGUGGGAAAAUUCAAGUGAAAGAAAUUUCGGAGCAAACGCGAUCCGGUGGGCCUGUUUUAAGAAAAUUACCCGUUGGUGGAGGGGGUGGUGGUGGUGGAGGUCAAAUAAAUAUUUCAGAAAUAUUAUUAAAAUUAGAUGUUGUUCUUUUUAAUGUUAGUUGA